AUGGAUAGAUUAAGAAACCCAGAUCCUCGGCGACGCUCGAGUGAUCAAAAAAACAAUGGCAGUAGUAGUAUCACAGUAACAACACCACCGGCAGCUAUAAAUGGAAACUCAUCUCCUCAAGAACAGCAGCCUGAUUCAAGACCAAAAGUUUCCAGUCUUGUAUGGAAAUUUGGUGGUGAAAAGAAAAAAGUACCAACAUACACAUUUUCUCCUUCCGAUCAGACAACCCUAGACCAAACGUCGCCACAACCGCAUCAUCAUGAUCAAGGUGUGAAUCGAAAAGAUGUUCACAAUAUUCAAGUUCUGUCACCAAAUCAUAGUCAGAAUAUGUCCCCAAACAAUAUACAAAUUACUCCUCAAUUGAAAUCUUUUAUCGAGCAAUUAGAAGUAAAAAAUAGCGAUUUAAAACAAAAGCUACAAGAACAAAAUACCCAAAAUGAUCUGCAAGAAAAAAAAAUUCGAGAACUAAAUAACUUUUGUAACGCUUUGCAAAACAGAUUGAAUCAAAAUACAACGGAACAUGUAAAAGAUGAAGAAAAUCUUGUUUGGAAGAAUCGUACUGACGCUUUAUUACAACUAGUUAUAAAAUUUUGUGAUGUAAAGGUAGAACAGCAAGAGCCCCAUGAUCUAAAUGAUAUAAUAACAAUAUUUGAAACAAAAAUAAGUCAAAGUAAAAAAGCUGAACAACAGAAUAAAACACUCGCUGCAUCAUUAAAAUCAAAAGAUCAAAAAAUAAGUGAAUUAACAGCAGAAAUAAAUGAGAUGGUUGCAAAGAAUGCUGUUCGUUCAACAUCGUCAAUGUCAACACCCGUACGUCGUAUUGAUUCGGCUGAUGAAGUUGAUUCAGUAAAUCUUCGUCGUGAGUUACUUCGUACACGAACACGUUUGAAAGAAGCACAACGUGAAUUAUCAUCGCAAAAUAGUCUUCGUUCAUCAGGAUUGUCAAAACAAUUAUCACCUACAAAUAUUUUAUCACCGGAGACGUUAGUUAGCGAUUUAAGAAAGGAUAUCAACGAUAUGGGAUGGGAAAUCAAAAAUUUACAACGUUCAAAAGAAUCAUUUAAACAAGAUGUUGAAAAAUUAGAACGAGAAUUGCUUAGUGUUGAAACAGCAAAAAAAUCAGUUGAAGAUUCAAAUGCUUUAAUAACAAGAGAAAAUAAAGAACUUCGUGCAACCAUCGACGAAUUAACUGAUCAAAAUAGAAUGGUACUGCAAAAUUAUCAAAAUCAUGUUAAAAAUUAUUCAAUACAUCAAGAUAUGGUAACAAAAUUGUAUGAUUCAGUUGCACAAGUGGAAACAGAUAAUCGACUUUUACAAGAAAAAUGUGGAUUUUUAGAAGAAAAAUUAAAAAUUAAACACAUAUCAUUGGUUGAUAAAAAUGAAUUAGAAAAAUUGGAAUCUAAAAAUCGUGUAUUACAAUUACAAUAUGAUUAUGAAAUUGCUCGUCGUGAACAUGUUGAACGUCAAUUAAAUCGUUUACAAGAUAAUGUUAAACAAUUACAAUCAGAAUUACAAUAUGUUGAAGAUAAAGGAAAACGUUCGGAUGAUCAACAGAAAUUAGCUGAUCGUUUAUGUCGUGAUUCUAAAGAAGAAUGUGAAAUAUUACAAUUAAAAAUAAUGGAUUUAGAAAAACGUUUAAGUUUAGUUGAAAAAGAUAAAGAUAUUGUUGAACAAGAAUUACUUUUAUGUCAACAACGUAUAAAUGCUACACAAUAUCGUAUACAACGUUAUCAAGAUGCAUUGGUUAAUGCCGAAAAUGAAUUGGACGCAUUAUCAGAUGCAAGCUUUAGUGAAGAAGUUGGUAGUUUAAAUGGUGGAGAAACAAUAUCGAUGAAAAGUCGUAUGUCACAUAAUGUGACACGUUCUCAAAAUCAAUUCACAAAUGAACUUCAGAGUUCAAAUGAUGAAGUGCGACGAAAAGCAACAGACGGUUUAUAUGAUCGUGUCAUAACACUCUAUUCCGAUGCAUCAUCUGAAACAAUAUCAAAUGUUGUUGAUAAUGUACAAGAUUAUGUGAAAAAAAAGUUGAGUAAUCCAAAUGACGUAAAUGAAAAUCGAGCAGCAUUUCAUGUGAUAUUAUGCUUUAUUUGUGCUGGUGCGGCGUUUUAUACCGAAUUGAGUAAUAAACUAGAAGGUGUUAUUCGGCAAUAUAAACAAAUGUCAGUAGAUACAAGCUUGUGUGACUUAGCGAUAAAAAUAACUUGUAUACUCGUGAAAGGUUGUGAUCGUUCCAAUGUUGAUCAUUUUCAAUCUGAUGUACCAAAAGCACUUGAACGUUUAGGAAAAGAUGAAAAACAUGAAAUAAGACGUUAUAGCGGAGUUAUUAUGUUGAAAGAAAUUGCUUUAAUAUCACCUACAAGAUUUUUUCUUCUUAUAACACCAUGUGAACAGUUUUUAGAACAAUUAUUUGCAUCAAUGGCAGAUCCAAAACAAUACAUCCGUGAAGCAUUUGCCGAAACGAUACAUGCAACAUUAGUUGUAUUAAUUGAUCGUGAACGUGAAGAACAGAAAAACAACAGUGAUAUCGGAAAAGAAGCACAAAUAACAACAUUCUGUGAUGCUUAUAUGUUGGCCUAUAAUGAAGCAAUGAGAUGUUUAGCGGCUAUACAAACAAAAGAAAAAACAAUUCAGAAAGAUGAUCGCAUUCAUGGCGGUUUAUUAUUGUUAAAUGAACUAUUUCGUGUGGCUGAUGUCAAAUUUGAAAACAUUUGCCAAGAUUUAAUUUAUCCGUAUACAGCAGCUAAACCAAAACCAGUGUCAUAUAAAGUAAGAAAAAUACCUGAAAUAUGUUAUAUAUCCACGACAAUUUAUCACAUUUUGUUGCAUAAAUCGAUUGUGAACUGA